CUUUUAGAAAUUGCGGCGGCCAGCAACACUGUACUGGUGGCAAGCGCUAGAUGACAUCGGCUCUUACUCCCUUUCAUGAACGUCGCUCACGACGAGCAUCAUGCCUGCAAAGACUAACAAACCAGCGAGACCAAAAGUCAAGAGGUAUCAUGCAUACGCUGUCAUACUCUUCAUCAUGGGAACGCUCUUCCCCCCACUAGCUGUUGCAGCAAGGUUCGGAAUCGGGAAGGACUUCUGGUUGAAUCUUUUACUCACGAUUUGCGGAUACAUUCCAGGACACGUGCAUAACUUUUAUAUACAGAAUAUCAGGAAUAACAAGAAUCGCCGCCGCACACCCAAGUGGGUCGAACGCUACGGCCUUGUCGACACUUCAACCAUCAAGCGUCAUGACCAGCGCUCCAAGUGGGCAGGGAGAUACAACGACCGUAAUCCGAACUCUGCUCUGGAUGACCAGCCUCUAGAGGAAGGCCAAGUGGCGCCAAGUCGUUCAUCAACACAGGAUCCAUCCACUAAGCCAACCAAUGGCAGUGCUCUCUGGAAGGCUGACGACGAAUCAUUCUACAACCCUGAACGUGAAGGUAGCAUGCGUUCAGCUGAAUCAGGAAGUUCUCGUUGGCAUUACCCAGCCAACUUCAAUGAUACAGUUAAUGGUGCAGGAAACGCUCCAGCACGGAAGAAGAAAAAGAAGAAAGAUAGGUGGGAGAGAACGGAGGAUGCGUAUAAUGCCCCCGAGCAGAAAAAACGAAAGAAGAAGUCAAAGAAACGCUCUACGACUGAUGAUGCUGGUGAUUUAGAAUCAACCUACUCACGCCGAACAGGAUCAAGUGUUGAUUUGGAGGUGCCAGAAGACGCAGCUGGUGGAACAUAUGGGUCUGGGAGACAAGGCAAUGGGCAUGUAGCGAUGGAGAAUGACCAUGCUGCCACAUUACAGGACGAGAGUGAUGUAUUCAACCACGAAUUCUGACGGCACGUCCUCUAUAUAUCCUACAUCAAUUCUCUACGUUAGCUUUUAUCUAUCUUAUUGUAUGCGGUGUCUUUCAAAGAUCGGUG